UUCUUUCGCACCAUUGACUGGUAUUAUUCCAUUUUCACAAAGACUACGUAAAAACCCCCAUUUUCACAAAGAGUGGUAUUAUUCCAUUACAUGUCUUCUACACCAAGACUUAGCCUUUACUUCCGUUACCGUUACUCCUCUUCUCCGCCACUAUCUACGCCGCUCCUUUCCCUCUCCCCAACCCCAUCUCCAACCAUCUCCCCCGUCCCACGCACCUCCCCCACUCCCCCUCGCACAUCCUCCACCUCCCCACUCGACCCAAAGCAGCUCAAAGCCUUCGAAUCCCUCAACAUCCCCACCCUCAAGAACCCCUGCGACCACCACCACCCCUCCUCCUCCAAAAAACCCCCCACCACCGUCGUAACCUGCGACACCGGCUCCCCAUUCCGCCUCGUCACCUCCCUCUCCUUCACAAACUGCUCCUCCGAUCUCUCCAUCUCCUCCACAGCCCUCAAAGCCCUUUCCCCCUCCCUCACCUCCCUCUCUUUCCACAACUGCCCUUCCCUCUCCGCUCCCCCUCACCUCCCGGACUCGCUCCACUCCUUCUCCGCCGUCUCCUCCUUCCCCCGCCUCUCGGGACUCUCCCUCGCUCGCCUCGUCAACCUCACCGACAUCACUGUCUCCUCCGUCCCUGUCUCCACCUCGGGGCUAUUCGUCAUCCUCGGGAACAUGCACGACAUCGUCUCCCUCACCAUCUCCCACGCCAAUCUCUCCGGGAACAUCCCAAAAUCCAUCCACUCGAAUCUCACAUUCAUCGACUUAUCGGAUAAUCUCAUCAAAGGACCAAUACCCACUUCGAUUACUCUCCUCUCCAGCCUCAAAGCUUUAAACUUGUCGUCGAACUUGAUCUCCGGCGAGAUACCCGACAGCAUCGGGAGUCGAAAAUUGAAUGUGUGAAAGUGAAUCGAUGAGAACUCAGCCGAGAAGGUUUCAAGCGGAGAAGACGAAGUGGGGGAGGAGAAGAGACGGCGUGGAUCCAUAGUAGGGUUGGAAGCUCUUUUUGAAUUGGGCUAAUUGCUUUUUAUUCGAACUGGGCUAAUAACACUCUCUUGACCCACUGUCGUUGGGCAUUUUUCACUUAAUAUAGGUACAUUAGAAACAAAAGCCCAAAGUUUUAAUUGAAAUGUUCUGAUUGGCUAAAUUUAAUAAGUGACGUGGACAGCUUUAGAAGGCUUUAUUAGUUUCUUUUAGUAUAGUAUAGAUAUAGAUAUUGCGAAAACUAAAACUAGCCAACAGUUUCAGCAUAAACCACCACCAUGUAAACAUGUUGAAAUAUUUUUGUUUAUGUCAAGUUCUUUUCCACUUCAAAUUUCUUUAGGCAUUAAUGCAUUUUACAUCAUUUACUUAGUCUUCGGGCGUUUUGCUUACGGAAUCGUAAUCAACACAAAGCAUAGUAAUUAGCUCAUACCGGUGCUGUGUAAUUACAUUUGAUAUAUAUACAUUUAAUUUUUACAUAAUACAAGACUAGUAGCUUACGGAAUCGUAAUCAACACAAAGCAUAGUAAUUAGCUCAUACCGGUGCUGUGUCCCUUGAAUUAUAAAUUUCGAUCGAUUCUUUUUAAUCUAGCGUAUCUUAAACUUAUGAAAUGUUUCAAAUUAAUAUUUAAGAGAAAUUAAAGCUCACAAACUGAUCUUCUCUCUGGAUAUUUAAAUCGGUUGUAAGCAAUGAGCAUAUAUCCACAUGACUACAUGACUGAGUGUAGUAAGAUGUAUUCGGACUCCUCUGGCUUAACAACCCAAAGCUCGAAAGUAGAAGUAAAAGUAAGAGAGAGGUGAGAGAGUGGAUUCUCUCUUUUCUUCUCUCCCCACCAUACGCUUUCUUCUCGCCACAACCGUAUCUGACAUCAGCUCCGGUGGCCGACGGAGGUCUCUACCCGUCGGUCGCCACCCCAAUCGUUACUGUGUCCAGUCUCUCCCCUCUCACGAUUCAGUUUCUCCACUUCCUCCUUGCUUCAUCUACUCUGGUUUUCGUCGGAUAGCGGCCGGAUCCGGCGAACCAAACCGGCGUCUGAGGGCGUCCUCAGCUUCCCUGGAGUGAUGGCGAGGUCGUGGAGAGUCAGAUCUGAGCAGGAGGUGUCGUCUUGGAAGUAGAUCUAGGGUUUGACUUGAGCGGAUCUGGGUCAGAUCUCUCACGGAGGGUCGCCGGAAUGGAUAAGCGUCGCUGCCUUCGCCGUUCCGGUCAGUUCACUGCCUCCUCUGUCUUCCUCUGUCUCCUCCUACGAUUGCUAAAGGUAAGAACUUCCCUGUCUCGUGACUCGUUCUGAGAUGAAAAAGGCGAUGGUGAGACUCUUCGCUGGGGACUUCUUUCUGGUACACUUUCUCGACAACUACCAUGGCGUCUUGUUAGGAUCCAGAUCUAUCGGGGGAUGUCGGGAUAGCUCGGAGUUUCGUGCCGUUACUUUGCGAUAUCUCAGCUCUCUUUCAUGGGUCUCUUCUCCUCUCUCGCCUGCUGAUGGGAGCUCAUGUUCCUUCGCUCUUCAAGUUUCAGAAGGAAGAAGGCCUCUGUAUCCUGCCUCUCUUGAUGUUCUGAAGCUGGUACCUUUUGUGCUCUGCUAGCGUGAUGGGACCGGAGUCGAGCUGCUAAAACCUCCGCUUGUAUCUGCUUGUUACCCACCUGUGCUUCAACUUCUGGCUUCUCAUCGUCGGGUUUGGAUUACCGGGAUAACGGUUUGUCAUCUUCUUGAGAUUGCAGCGUCUGGAGUGGACUCUACCGCUAGUGAUGGCCGGACCAGGGCAAGGUCAACCCUGCUUCGCCUAUUCUAUGGUUCGAGUCGCCUUCGGGACGGUCCGCGGUCCCUCGGACUGUUCUCCGGCUGUGUUCUCUUCGGGCCUGUGCGGUUUUGAUGUAGGUUCCGGCAUCAUCUCUCUCGCUGUGUCUACUGCAAACUUCAAAGUUGUCCAUGGAACUGUUAGUUUAGCUAAGCUUUAAUCACUUCCAUUGUGUUGUGAUUGAACCUUUCUUGUCCUAGUGAGUCUUUUUUACUUUUUUUUGUGGCUCCCUAAGACACUCUUGCUUUGAUUAGCAACUUAGAUGCACUAAAAUGUAUCUCCCUGUGUCAUUAUUUGCUUAAUGAA